AUGUUUCAAGUUUUUCAGAUUGUUACAUUCGGUGGUAAGGUCGAGGAAUUCUUCUUGCAUUUAGCGUGCAUAAUUCCCAUUCUUGUAUACAUGUUCAAUUUUAAUUACUUAGGUCAAGAAAUUACAGAUGACAAUGACAAUGUAUUUCUCAGCACGUACAAUGUUUGUUGGUACAUAGCACCACUCAGUAUACAAAAAUUGAUAUUAUUGCUGUUGCAAAGAGGCAAUAAACCGUACACCUUGUCUGCUGCUGGAUUGUUUGUUGCAUCUUUAAAGUUUUUUGCCAAAGUAAAGAGCACAGCAUGUAUACUUUAA